AUGAGGGCCAACCGGCUACUUUCUGUUUCGGCCCUACUCUCGUCUGCUGCCUCUUGGGGCAUCAAAGUAGCGCCGCUUGAGCCAAAUCUUGACCUCUCGCUUGAUAUUUUAAAUGGGAUCGAUAUUGACCCUAAUAUUAUCGGCAAGACUGUUUUCGAAAUUAUUUCCGAGAGCAAGCCCGGUGAAGAAGUCAAGCCCGGUGAAGAAGUCAAGCCCGGUGAAGAAGUCAAGCCCGGUGAAGAAGUCAAGCCCGGUGAAGAAGUCAAGCCCGGCUUAGUCUCAGGUCGAAACGUUUUCAGCCGCCAGGCGCCUAGAAAUCCCACUCUGAUGUCAGCGGAAGAGGUUGCCAAGAUAACAGCAGCUGUGACAAGCAAGCCAGGAGUAUUCUAUCGCGGCGAUUCUCGUCCUCCUGAAGAGAUAUUCAAGUUAGCUAAGGAUAUUCCUGAUGGCUACUGGGUUCCAGGAAUUUUUCCCCUGGAGAAAAACCCUGCUGCACGAGCAUCUCACGCCUACGAGGUGACCAAGGAAAAUCCCGCCGACAAGUCCCGCAAGACUAAAAAUGAAGAGUACUCGCUGAGGUCGGCUUCGAAAUGCACUAUACUCAAGAGCCGAGCAGGUGGUAGCUGUGACCCAGCUGGGUGGGCAGACGUCGAGGAAACGGGGCUUAAGAAGCCUGCUCCUGGGGGUACGGAGGGUGGUAAAGACAUGAAACGACCCGUGGGACAAAAAAUCGCAGAGCGCAAGUUCCUGCAAUUCAUCGGCCAACUAGACUCUAGAUCCAUUGGUUCUCUUAUCAAGGGGCUCAAGGAUGGCGAGUUCACUUUUGCCGAAGUUCAACUCGCCUUCAAGAUGGCACUUUCAGAGGCCAUGGAUCACCGCUGGACUGACUUUGAAAAUUGGGAAAAGGCAGCAGAAUCACUCAAGAAUAUUGUUGAUGAUAUUGUCUCAACGGCCCGUUUUAAGACGCCGGUUGGAUACUGGUCCAAUGUCAUUCAAAGGCUACCUGAUACCGCAAAGGAAAUUAGCAAGGGAAAGACUCCUGAGGAGAAACUUGAAAUUGCCAACAAGAACGUUACAAGAGUGAGAGUCUGUGUAUUAAGUUAA